AUGCAGCACCAUUUGCUCCGGACGCGCCAUGCAGCCCCAUUCCCUCUGGCGUUGCUUGUCGUGUGGACUGCAGCGACGGCGAGCUUUUCGCUGCCUCCUGAGCGACUGGCUGCGCUGCUCGGCAAUCCCCCUUUGACCGAGUCACAGAUUGAUCUCGUGGAUAUGCUGCUCAAGAGCAAAGACGAAAUCAUCCAGAGCAAGGACGAGGCCAUCAAGAGGGCGGACGAGGCCAUCAAGAGCAAGGACGAUCUCCUUCAGGUUAAGGAGAUGGAGCUCCUCCGCGCCAAAGGUUUGCUCAGCAGCCGCGGCAUCUUUGAGUGGACGCUGCGCUUGGCUGCGAAGGAGUGCCGCCCCAAGGACAAAUUCAAUGCCACGGCAACAAUCAAGGCGCUUCGAAGCGGUAAGAAUCGUGGUCGUUGGGAAGCAAUCCUGUCAAAAGGCAUCAAGAAAUGCUUCAGCGGCGAGAGAGUUAAACCGACAUUGCAGAGCAUCUAUGGAACUCUCUCGGAUGAGAUUCAUGGGUUCCCUUGGACCGUGAAUGCGGUGCAGCUGAGCGACCAGUUGUCUUCACAGGAAAGAUGCUUCCUACUUGAGUUGUGCAAAGCAUUGAACUUGAACUUGGCGUGA